GCCGACAUGCCCGGCGACAGCAAGCUCACCCGCGAGUCGCUCGCCGCCGUCACCCUGUGCUACGCCUCGUGUUCGCUCGGCAAACCCACCGACCCCCUCCCCGACCGCCUCUCGCACCUGUCGUCCGCCGGCUUCUCGCAGAUCGAGCUCUCGUUCCCCGACCUCCAGGCCUACGCCUCGGUCCUUGAGAACCGCGAUGUCGGCGACAAGGAGUGGGACGUGCUCGCUCGCGCGGCCGAGGGCGUAAAGGCGCUCCUCGACGAGCGCAGGCUGCGGUGCUUCAUCCUCCAGCCGUUCGGGCAGUUCGAGGGCUGGCCCGAGGGCAGCGACGAGCGCAAGGACGCGUGGGAGCGGGUCGAGGGGUGGAUCAAGAUCGCAAAGGCCGUCGGGACGGACACGCUCCAGGUCGGGUCGAGCGACGUCGAGACGAUCGAGUGGGACCGCGACGUCGUCGUCAAGGACUUGCGCGAGCUGUGCGACCGCCUCGCCAAGGACGACCUCAAGCUUAGCUACGAGAACUGGUGCUGGUCGACGCACGCCCCGACCUGGAAGGCCGCGUGGGAGAUCGUCCGAGACGUCGACCGGGACAACAUGACGAUCAACCUCGACACAUUCCAGACGGCCGGCAGCGAGUGGGCCGACCCGACCCAGCCGUCCGGGCUCGUCAACGCCGCCUCGGACGACGAGCGCGACAAGCGGUUCCAGGGGUCGCUCGACGAGCUGAGCGAGACGGUACCCGCCGACAAGAUCGGGUUCCUCCAGCUGUCGGACGCGUAUAAGGUCGACCCGCCGCUCGAGGACAAGACGGUCGACGGCCUGCGCCCUCGCGGUCGCUGGUCGCACGACUACCGCCCUCUGCCGUACAGCGGCGGCUACCUCCCGGUCGAGCAGGUCACCAAGGCCGUCCUCAAGACGGGCUGGCGCGGCGUCAUGAGCGUCGAGGUGUUUGACUCGGGCCCGGACGGCAAGGGCAAGGAGGACGUCAGGCUCGAGGACUAUGCGAGGGACGCGGCGGCGAGCGUCCAGCGGCUUCUCGAUGCGUGUGCAGACGAUGACCUGUAGCGUGCAAGGAGCGGUAUCGAGCUGUCCCCUCGAG